AUGUUCGUUAAUUCUAAGCAAAGUCAUCAAGUCGUCAACACAUACAUACAUGAUUAUGACUAUGGGGCUACAUUGGAUGGUUUGAACAAACACUUUGAACAAUGUGGUGUCAUCAUGAGAACAAAAAUUCUACGUGACAAAUUUAGCGGCAAAUCUAAGGGCUUUGCAUACAUUGAGUUUACGGACGUUGUGUCUAUUGACUUAGCCCUGAAAUUGAAUGAGUCACUGUUUUGCGGAAAACAAAUUAAAGUCACCGCGAAGAGAACCAACAUACAUGGUCUGUCAACUACAGACAAA